UGGGCGUCCGGGGCAAGGACGCGGUGGAGGGGCGCGGCCGUGCUGACUUCUCCGCUAGCCAGGCCUUCGCCUUUGCUGAGAACGGCUCUGCGAGCCCGGUGAGGAGCCGCUGUGGAACGGGCGAGCGCCCGCCCGUCUGGGGGCUUCCUUUCUUUGUGAGGAAGCUGAGGACAUAAGCGGUGGCAUCUCUAGGCCGCCACCCUCCUGGCGCCCGCACCAACCCGCGCGCUCGCUGGGUGAGGCUCGCCCAGCCCUCUCGGCCGGGACGGCCUUCGACGCGGCACCGCCCAGCAGCGCUUCCGCCCGGCCUGCUAGCUCUGGGGAAUGAAGGAUGGCAGCACGCCGUGCAUUAAAAGCUGUUUUGGUCGAUCUCAGUGGCACACUUCACAUUGAAGAUGCAGCUGUGCCAGGCGCACAGGAAGCUCUUAAAAGGUUACGUGCUACUUCUGUAAUAGUUAGGUUUGUGACCAAUACAACCAAGGAGAGCAAGCAAGACCUCUUGGAAAGAUUGAAAAAACUGGAGUUUGAUAUCUCUGAAGAUGAAAUAUUCACGUCUCUGACUGCAGCCAGAAACUUGGUGGAGCAGAAGCAAGUCCGACCCAUGCUGCUGGUUGAUGAUCGGGCUCUACCCGAUUUUAAAGGAAUACAGACAAGCGAUCCUAAUGCUGUGGUCAUAGGAUUGGCACCAGAACAUUUUAAUUAUCAAAUUCUGAACCAAGCCUUCCGGUUACUCCUGGAUGGAGCGCCUCUGAUAGCAAUCCACAAAGCCAGGUAUUACAAGAGGAAGGAUGGCUUAGCCCUGGGGCCUGGACCAUUUGUGACUGCUUUAGAGUAUGCCACCGAUACCAAAGCCACGGUCGUGGGGAAACCAGAGAAAACGUUCUUUUUGGAGGCAUUGCGGGGCACUGGCUGUGAACCUGAGGAGACCGUUAUGAUUGGAGAUGACUGCAGAGAUGAUGUUGGUGGGGCUCAGAAUGCUGGCAUGCGGGGCAUCUUAGUCAAGACAGGGAAAUACCGAGCAGCAGACGAAGACAAAAUCAACCCAGCUCCUUACUUAACCUGUGAGAGCUUCCCGCAUGCCGUGGACCACAUUCUGCAGCAUCUGCUGUGAACCGUUCCGUGAAUCUGAAGCAACUUGAAAUGCAGCUUUUCAUCGACUGGAAUGAAUCCCUCAACACACUCAGCGCCGGCCUAGACAGACCACUCAGCCCUGCUCACCGUUUAACCCUCUUUUAUUGUGCAGUAAUUAGAAAGAAAGGUAUUGAAUUGCAGCCAGCCACUCAGCCAGGCUAAUCCCUUUUAUUUCGUAAAAGAAGAUGAGAUCCAAGAAAAGGGAAAGCUGAGAUUGCAUGUUCCUUUUAAAAUAUUCAUCAGGUUAGCAGGGCUGCAGAGUCUACUGCAGGGAGCCUUGUUCUCUGCCCUCUCCUCAAUGGUAAAUUGGUGGGCUUCAGGCUGACUAAAGUUGAAUGGCGUCUUUUUAAGUUAUAAAGUACUAAAGGGUACAUUAGGCUGUAGUUUUAAUACUGAGUUCAGCUGUGAAAUCCGUCAGAAGUGCCAAGUGGAGUACAGAACAGAAGCAACAAAAUAAAUUGUCCUGUAGCCCAAGUGAUGGAGUGGAUUUGCUUUCAUGGAUGUUGAAAACUAGAUUAGCUUACUGUAUUACUCCCAGCCUGGGUGACUUCUUUUUCUCUUCAUUAACCAGAGAUAACUAAUUUAAAUUUAGAACCUGAUUUUAAUUUAAAAUAAUAUUUCCAUUAAUAACCUAUU